GAAUAACAAAUACACGUGUUAGCCCAAACGAAGGUAGCGCACGCGGCAGGGAUAUUUGAAAGUCAGUUCAUGUGUCUCCGAUUAGUUUUACCAACAGCAUGUCGCUUUAGACACAAAGUUGAAGUUUUAAGAAAGUCGCCCGACAAAACAAAACAGUUUUCGUUUCGUUGUGAAAAGCUGUGCGGCUCGAUGAAACUUCUAGACUUGUCGCAGUGGACGGGCAGUCUGUGGGUAUUUGGCUACGGAUCCUUAGUGUGGAAGCCGGAUUUUGUCUACCAGAGGAGAAAAGUAGGCUACAUCAAGGGCUACAAACGGCGUUUCUGGCACGGAGACGACUUUUAUCGUGGAGACAAGCAUAACCCAGGAAGAGUGGUGACACUGGUGGAGGACCACGAGGCUUGUACAUGGGGCAUGGCCUACGAGGUGUCACAAGCUCAGAAAAACGAGGCUUUUCAGUACCUCAACAUGAGAGAAGUGGAGUUCGGAGGAUACGCCACAGAGAUAGUGGAGUUCAUCCCUCAGGAGAAGUCCGAAGACACCACCCACGCCCUCGUCUACAUCGCGACGUCCGACUGCCCCGCUUACCUGGGCCCCGCUCCGGACGAGGAGAUCGCCAACCAGAUUGCCUUCUGCAAGGGCAAGACGGGCCACAACAUUGAAUAUUUGCUCCGGCUCGCGCAGUUCAUGCGGCACUGUUGCCCCGGGGUGGACGACGAGCACCUCUUCUCCAUCGAGGCUGCCGUUCUGAACAUUUGCUGCAACUCCGGAACACAAAACUCCUUCCUUACGGGGUCGUUCUAAAUGACGUAAAGCACUUUACAUUGCCACGAAAACUGAAUGUAGCAUAUGUUUUUACCCAGCUUAUAAGCACUUAAUUUUGUUAUGAUUCUUGUUUCAUGCAUGUGAUGCACUUUUAAAAAAAAUUCUUACGAAACGCUUUUACAUUUCCUGUACCCUGUGUACGUGAGUUCAUUUUAUUUUAAUACUAAACACGCCUUCAUUCAAAGGUGCUCAGAGCCCUGUGUGGAAUUCCAUAUAUGAGUUCGUCCAGCUCAUGCUCACAUGUCACGUGGCUCAGGAAUGUACAGCUGCAACCUUCUAGGAAACGCUGACUGUUCAUCACAGAGCUGCUGUGGAGUACGGCACACUUAAGUAAACACGGCUUGAGGGGAGCUUCCGUGCAUAUGGGAUUUUGGACCCCCUAUCACCCUGUAUGUUCAUGGGGCAAUGGUUUACAAUAUUAAUACUGUAAUACAUGUUGCAAGCAAAAUAAACAUUAAC